AUGGGUUUAACGAGGAGAACGCAUUUGUACAGCCCGGAAGAAGGACUGCUGGAUGUCAACAGAGGGGAUGAGCUGGGGAAAACACGAGCAAAAAAUGACGAGGCCGGCCCGGGGCUGGAGGUGGGCGGGGCGUCAGCUCUGCGGUUGCCGUGGCGACGAGCCGCCUCGGUCAGGCGUAGCCCGCAGCGGUUGCCAUGGAGACGCGGCUGCGGGCGGGAGGACGUGAAGGUUGGCGGAUUUGUUCCAGUGCUACAAAUGGAGAAAGAAUGGAAAGAGCUCCUUCAGUGGAAAGAGAAAGAAAGGAAAGAGCGACAUAACUGGCAGUUCCCUGCUCAAAAGAUGCUAGACAUUGCUGUAAAGCAACUGCAUGACAUGCAUGAAAAUUACAACAAACUAAAAGAAGAUUUUGUCUAUAACCUCAGAAUUUUGGAAGAAAGAGAUAAAGAGUUGGAAUCCUAUGAUGUCACAUUCAGUCAUCUGAAAACGUCCGAAAAUGCUAAGCAGGCAGAGAUUAGCAACCUUAAAAUACAGCUGGAUAAACUGGAGCAACUUCUUGUCAAGGAAAGAAGAAAAAGAGCUGAACUUCAUUAUCACUAUCAACAAAACCUUGCAGAACACAGGUUAGAGCUGGAACAGUUUUGCAGGUCAAAGAGCGGUCACACAAAUCAUCAACAUGAGGGGUGUGUGAGCCUGAGACAUCACAUGGAGAGAAAACUCCAGGAGCUGCAAGGAGAGCUCGCUUGUCAGAGACAGGUGAAACUGCUGACCAGAGAACUUGAGGCCCUCAGAGAGACUGGAAUGAAAGCAUCAGAAUCACCACGAGCAGCAGAAUUGGUUAAUUUGCAACUGGAGAAAGAGGAUGAAUACAAGAAUUGGGAAUUAAGUGAUUCUGUAGCUGUGAGAAAUGCCUGGGAGAAAGAGGCACCUCAUGCUGAUAAGAAAAAGGAUGCAUUGUCAGCUUCAUUGGAAGAAGCUCCAACCAAACAGUUUAAAAAGCUGAAGAAACAGAUCAGAGAACUACAGAUGAGACAGAAAAGUCUGGAAGUGAAGCUGUGCAGGAAAGAAAGGAAUCACAGUGCUUGUGUAAGAGAGAAAGAUGCCCUUAUUAAAAAGUAUAAACAACAACUGUCAGUGGCAGCUGAGCAAGAACAGCUUCUGGAACAGAGUAAAACCCACACAGAACUGGACUGGCAGCUCUGUGGGAAUGCUGAAAAUCACCAGGAUCAGAAAUCAGAGGAUCUAACUCCAAGUGUGUCUUUAGCACGAGAGCAGGCUGAAGUGGGUCUACAGAAGACUGAUUACAGCUUGCAUGAAAUGGAGUCUGCUCCUUCUGCUUUCCCUGUUAAGAGACAACAGUUCAUACAGUCACCACUGUCGAAUUGUGGUGUCCUUCCUGAAGGAGAGCAGCAGACAUUUCAAUCUGAUGACAAAAGUUGUCUCAGGAAAGAUAUUCCUGGCUCGGAGAUACAAAAGCUGCAGCAGCAAAAUGCCAACCUUCGGGCUGUUAUUGCACAGAUGAGGAAAGAAAUGGAGAGCCUCGAUGAGCAAACAGCAUCCUCAGUGCCUCGGAGAGAGCAAAGUGCCCCUGGCCGCACUGCAGGCAUCCCACCACUCACUGCUGCUGUCCUGAUGGGAAGGGCUGAAGGUUCACUCUGCACAGACCAAGUUUCAGGGAGAACCGUGUCGAGUGAUAUGAAUGUCAGCUCAGCUAGCUUGGGCUGUGUGUUAAACCCAGGCACAGAAAAGGGGUCAAAUAACAGAGUUAUGGGCAAAGAGGUGAUAGAUUUUGGCUCUGCCUCAGAUAACUGUUGUCCUGGUGGUGGUAUUCAGCAUGGUGUCAGCUGCACGCCGCAAGGAACACCAAAUAAACAGAAGGAAGCAGUGAGAACAAUGUCAGUUCUGAGCCAAGAGAAGCAGCAGCUGAUUGAAAUGGCAAACAGACUCAGGACAGAUCUUGGAAUGAUAUUAAAGGAAGGACUUGGGCAUCCUGUUAGCCCAAAGCUCUGCACAGUUUGUGUGGGCUCUGGUGGCCUUUCUCCAAGAGAACUUGUCAAAAGAACACAGUGUCAGCUUUCAGCUUUAAGGCAUCUGCAACACAAGCUCAUAACACAGGAGCUGCAAUGUGCAAAGCAACAGCAUCUCUCCAGGAUCUCUUCUUUAAUUGCCUGCCCCAUCUUAAAGGGAGAAAAAGCUCCAAGAAGCUGUGGAGAAGAAACAGAACUGCUGUCUGCUGAGGUUCAGCUCAAUUCCUCAGCUGGAAAUUAUGGGCCAAAGCAACAAAAGGCGGCUGCUGCACCUUCAAAGGUUCAAAGUCAGCCACCCAAGGAGAGCCCUGGUCAAGCCCAGCAGGACUGGAUUUCUUCAUCUGGAGCACACAGUCCGUGCCAAGUGGAAUUGGAAAUCAUGCAUUCAACCGAGCGAGCUGGAAAAGGUAAGGAGCACAGCAGUGCCACGAGUCAGCCUGAAAUGCCCACAGCACAUCUGGCAGUCAGAGGUACCAAGCUGGAGGUUCAGCACAAGCUAAAAUCCAGGAGUUCACCUUGUACAUACCCCAUAAAACGAAAAAUCUCUCCUACCGUGGCAAAAAUCCGCAACUACAAUAUUAAAGACUGAUUUAUUUGUUGCAAGUCCCGUGUCAGCUAUUCGGUUGCGUUAAAAUAUGUAAAUGUGAUCUAAAUAUUGCCUUGGUGUUCAUUUUUGUGUGUCAGGUUGGGCUGUUUGAGGUCAGAAGAGAAAACAAGUACUUUGUCCCGUGCUGUCAGCCGACAUAAAGGGUUAAUCUGCAUAAGUGCUGAGAUUAUAGUCUUCACUGUUAAUACAGGUUUAUUUUAAUUAUACACGUUCAAUAUUGCUUGCAUCAUGGAUUUGGAAAUGCCCACUUAAUACGUAUGUAAAUCGUUGUGCCUUUAGGCAGGGCUUCCAGGUCUUUAGGAAAUAUUUGUUGAGAAAUCACAGAUGCGAUUUAAGCUCAGCAGUGGGAUGCACCAACCUGCUUGUUUUCUUACAAUUAGCGACGCAACCGUUAAUCCCGUGCAGCUACCUGAGCACUUACAGAACGGGGGUUGAAAAGAUCACACCUUCCCCUGUAUUCUUGCUCAUCUUCUGCCUUCCUUUCCUUGUUCAGAGAGCACGAGAGAGCGUAAAAUGGAACCGCUGUCCUCACACCAGACAUCAUAUUUUUGUUCAGCAAGAGAUUUCAUACAGUUGAGAGCAGUGAAAAACGUUCCUCGGCAACUCUUAGAAUCUUGCAGAAGUGUUGUGAGAAAUAAGUCUUACAACAGAUGAAACCAAAAGAAACCCGAGCGGGUUGUGAUGUAAUGGGGGAUAUCUGUGUGGUUAGGAACAUUCCAGGAUGCUUAAAAUGUAAUCAGUGUAUUCUUCUCACAUUCUCAGCAAUGCUGAACUCCCUUGGGGUAUUCCAGUGUUGAA